CUGAUAUCUCUACUCUCUUUCUCUUGCUAUUAGAGUCUGAGAAGUGAGACUGAAAGCGUCAAUGGCGAAUGAUCAGGAGGCAGAGAGUAAAGUGGGAGUGGAAGAAGAGGAGGAAGAAGAAGAGAAAUGGGUGAAGCAUUAUUCGUCGUAUCAUCAAAUACUGCUGGUGGGUGAUGGAGAUUUCUCUUUCUCGUUGAGUUUGGCUCAGUCUUUUGGCUCCGCUUCCAAUAUCCUGGCUUCCUCUCUCGACUCUUACGAUGUGGUGAUCAAGAAGUACAAGGAAGCAAAAUCGAAUUUGGAAAAUUUAAAAAAGCUGGGGGCAUCCCUCUUACAUGGAGUGGAUGCGACUAAAAUGAAAUUUCAUACUGAUCUGAAAAUGCGGAAAUUCGAUAGGAUUAUCUACAACUUUCCUCAUGCAGGGUUCUAUGGAAAGGAAGACAAUGCUGAUCUGAUUAAGAUGCAUAGAGAUCUUGUGAAUGGCUUCUUCAGGAAUGCAAGAGGCAUGCUUCGAGCAAGUGGUGAGAUUCAUGUAAACCACAAAACUUCAAGGCCAUUCUGCCAAUGGAAUAUAGAGGAACUUGCUUCACAGAACUCUUUGACAUUGGCUGAGUGUGUUGAUUUCAAGAAAGAAGACUACCCAGGUUACAAAAAUAAGAGAGGGGAUGGUUCGCGAUGUGAUAAACCCUUCCCUUUGGGAGAGUGCAGCACCUUUAAAUUCCAAUUGUCCCUUAAAACUAAAACGUCGUGUAGAGGGAUACGGCAUUUGGCUCCAGCAGUACAUGGAAGAUCGCAGCAAUUUCAAGGGAUGCCGGUCCAAAUGCAUCAGUGCUCAACUUCAGAUAAUUUCAAUUAUCCUCGAGCUGGUUACUUAACAAAUAUGGAACAAAUUUCAGAGGAUUUUCGUUUGCCAUUAACAGCUAGAAGGAUAACACAUUUGGCUUUGGCAGCACAUGGAAGAUCGCAGCGAUUUCAAGAGACUCCGGUCGAAAUGCAGCAGUUUUCUACUUCAAUUAACUCUAGUCAUCCUGGAGCAGGUUACUCAAUGAAUGUGGAGCAAGUUUCAGAGGAUGUGCAGUUGCCGUUAACAAUCAGUGCUAGAAAUGAAUGCUUUGGGAUGAUUGAUGGGCACUUGAAUAAUCAAACAGAAAUGUUUGGAAGAAAUAUGAUUGAUUCAAGCUACCCUUUUCAUGCACCAAGGCUUCAUUUUAGAGACUUUGCAGAAAUUCCAGGAAGAACCUCGAAUGGUGACACAUACGUUUUGCGUGAGCUUCAGCGUAGGAGCUAUAUUUUGAGGUCAAUGCAGUGGGCAAGGUUGAUGUUGGCUGAUAGUCACCGACCGAAUGCAAGUGGCGCACAGGUGCUGCAGUACCUGUGAAUACAGUAUGUUUUACAGUACUUCUAUAUCUGCUGGUUCUUUCAAGUAUAUUAGGAAGAGCCAUGGUACACUUCAUUUUUCAUUCCAUUUCCCAACUGUCCCUUUUGCAAAUUGACCAUUGAAUUUGUGAGACUUAUUUGUUAGUCCACUAUACGGAAAUGAGUGAAAGAUGGGUUGGAGAAUGAUUUUAAUCGUUUCUCUAUUAGGUAUGCAUUGGUGUGUAGGACUUUUGAAGCUCUGAGAUCAUAGCUGUUACAGUUUCAUGUGUUUUGGGAUCUGAUUUCCUGCGAGCAUCCACAGCACACAUUCUGUUUAGAUGUUAUAAAUUUGACCGUUUUGUGCAAAA